AUGAAGCCGGUGAUUCGUCGAUACCGUCCCGCGGACAAGAACAAGGUCCUCACCUUGUUCAGCAACGGCAUUCAAGAGCACAUCAGGCCGUGUUUUUACAACGCCAUCAGCAGCCCUCUCUACCUCAGCAUCACCCUUGGUCUGUCUGCUGGUGGCUACCUCCUCCUGGGAUCUGUGCUAGUGGCACUGUUAUUAGCAGGAGCCUGGCUGGGACUGGUCUACUACUGCUGCCAUGAACUAUAUGCCGGCUUUGUCAGGGAGAGGCUCAGGACAGACAUGCGGGACAUCCCUGGGAACUAUCUGACGAUGCCGGAUGACUGCUUCUUCGUGGCUGAGGCCGAGGUCAGCGGGAGGUCCCAGGUCGUGGCUGUGGUGGCUGUUCAGGCCAAACAGAACAAAACCGAGAGGUACGGGGAACUGUUCAGGAUGAUUGUGUCUUCAUCAUGCCGACGGGUGGGCCUUGGUGCCAUGAUGACUCAGACGGCGGUCAAUUUCUGCAAGGAGCGUGGCGUCUCCAAAGUGGUCCUGGAGACCAGCUCCACCCAGACUGCCGCUGUGGCCCUGUAUGAGAAGAUGGGAUUCACUCACGUGCUCUCGCACACCAAAACACAGACUCCUUAUUGGAUGAUAAAGCUGGCCAGGGUGACCAUUCUCUUAAUGGAAAAACAGUUAUAAAGGUUAAAAUUACCCCUAUUAUGUAUCGUUUAGGCCCCUGCAGAACUCUCUUCCAAGCGUUCAUGGUUUUAAAGGGAAACAAUCACCAUUUUCAAUGUUAUAUAUCUCUAUCUGUUGCAGGGAUCAUUACCAGCAAUAAUACUGAGCAGUCCUCUGUGUGUCUCUGAGGAACGGCUGCAAUUGUACAGGGAAAAAAUCUGUGAAUCACUGCCUUCACGUGGGAUUUGGUGGCAUUCAC